UCUGUUCGACCAUUGGCUGGAAGACACAUAUCCCAGAAUGCACCGCCGCACAACUUCCUUUUCCCUUCGGCCAUUUUCCCCCCUCUUAGGGAAGUAGGCAGCCAUGGCCCCCAGCCGGAAUGGAAUGCUCCUGAACCCUCACUUCCACAAAGACUGGCAGAAACGAGUCCGCACCUGGUUCAACCAGCCAGCCAGGAAGAUCCGCAGGCGAAAGGCUCGCCAGGCCAAGGCCCGUCGCAUAGCACCUCGCCCUGUCGCUGGACCACUGAGGCCACAAGUCAGGUGUCCCACUAUCAGGUACCACACCAAGGUCCGUGCCGGACGUGGCUUCACCCUGGAGGAGCUUAAGGCCGCUGGCAUCCACAAGAAGACAGCCCGCACCAUUGGCAUCUCCGUUGACUCUCGCAGACGUAACAGAUCCACAGAAUCUCUCCAGGCCAACGUGCAGCGCCUGAAGGAGUACCGAUCCAAGCUCAUUCUGUUCCCCAGGAAGGCUUCUGCUCCCAAGAAGGGAGACAGCACUGAGGAGGAACUCAAGAUGGCCACUCAGCUUGCUGGUGCAGUCAUGCCCAUCAAAAGUGUGCACAAGAAGGAGAAGGCCAGGGUCAUCUCUGAGGAUGAGAAGAAUUUCAAGGCUUUCGCCAGCCUGCGUAUGGCUCGUGCAAACGCUCGUCUUUUCGGCAUCCGUGCCAAGAGAGCCAAGGAGGCUGCUGAGCAGGACGUGGAGAAGAAGAAGUAAAAAUAGACUAUACCGAACUUUGCAAAAUAAAGUUUAUAAAAAGA